CUGAAACAAUAUUACUUUCACGUCAACACUCAGACACUUAUAUUAUUAUUUUUGUUAUUCACCGAUCACAAUGGUCAUUCCUCUUGUUGUAAUAGAAAAUUAUUAGCCAGCAAACUUUCCCUCGUUCUUAUAUAGAGCCUUAUCGCCAUAUCACUUUUUCGAUUGACAAUCUGCCACGUCAGCAGUGUCAAAGUCAAAUUGUUUGUAGUAGCUCUCUAGAGAAUUAUAGCCGUCAAAGGCCACGCUGGAAGUGGGACGCUUACCUGGACCAAAAGGAUUUGAAAGGAGAUUGGGUGUCCUGCAGAAUCACCUUCAUGCACUCCAACUGUUUGAAAAAUUGCCUCUGAAAAAAUUCGCACACACAAAAAUGAUACCAAAGCCAAUUCGCCCGUUGGCCACCGUAGCCGCUGUCAUCACCGGUGGAUUAAUAACUCUCAACCUCGCUUCCACCGCCACAAUCAAAGCGAUUCGUUUCGUCAGCGAAGCGAAACGGAGAAAGGUGGCGUUGCCUUGUGGGGUUUGCAGAGGAAAAGGGUUUUAUAUAUGCAAACUGUGCAAUGGAAAUGCCACCAUAGAGUGGUCGCCUAUGUAUGACCCUGUGGUUAUCAAUCCUUGCCUUUGCCCCACUUGCGAAGGAAACAGAAAAAGCAGGUUUUUUAUGAUCUGGGGGAGUUGUCAAUUCACUCUAGAGCAUAUACACAGAAUCUGACAUUGUUGGUCUAUCUGCUGCACAUUCUUGCACACACAAGAGAUCUACUUGAAUACACUGCAUAAGUUGCCUAUUGAACGUGUUUCAACCAGUGCUGGAUCCAUUAACUACAAACCUCUUCCUUCUUUCAACAAAUCCAAUGCCUACAAGGGUGUUGAUUGUCAACAUUGUAAUAGGAACUAAAGAUUUAGGAGAUGCAAUCAGCUCUAAAGACAAAAUAGUAGCAAAAAAAAGAGCCUUAUUGUAGUCACUUACAUAUCCUGCUAGGUUUGAAGAGCGAUUUAACUGGUAGAAACCACUCUUUUUCCUGCCACUUAUGAUCUCUAGCAUCAUAACUCCAAAGCUGAAACAUUGGAUUUUCAGAAAAAAGACCAUCCAUGUCAUAUUCAGGAGACAUAUAACUACUGUUUCCAUCAUUCACCAGAAUUCUAUUAAUAUGUAAAUGGAAUGCUUUAUUUUCAUUUAAAAGCUGCGCCGUAUGGAAUGCAUUUAUCAUGUA